UCAGAUGACAACAGUUCGGAAUAAAUGUUUAAGUGAAGUGGAUUACACAAACGAUUUUCGAUUAUUUCAUUCUAGAUAUAUUUAAAUACAAUUAAUAAAUAAUUAUUGUGUUAAUAUUUGAAGUGUGAACAGUGAUAAAAAGAUAUAUACAAUAUGUAUAAGCUUGGUACAGUGAUUUUAUGCGCCGUUUUCUUCGCAUUUGUAAUUGCACGUCCUGCGCAGGAACAAGCAUCCACAUCAACGACGCCUGCUACAAUCAUUAAUCAAGUGGAUGUGAACAAUCCGGAUGGCAGUUAUAAUAGCAGUUAUGAGACGUCUAAUGGAAUCAAAGUAGAAAAUAUUGGCUACAUGAAAAAAAUUCUAGUACCAAAAUCUGAAACCGCUGAUGGUCAAGUGCUUGAAGAACAUGAAGAAUUAAUUUUAGUGCAGUCAGGAUCAUAUUCAUACAUGGAUCCAGAAGGAAAUAUAAUAACACUGCGUUAUGUGGCAGAUGAGAAUGGUUUCCAACCAGAAGGAGAUCACUUACCAGUCGCGCCCCAAUAAAAUAAAAUUAAUGAAAAUGUUGACUAAAUAGUUUGGCCGGUACCCAAACGACUUAAAUUACUUAAAACUGUAAAAAAUAUUCCAUUUGUAAAUGGUUUUAGUAUUAAUAAUA